AUGGCGUCAACAGAAGAACUAAACAUCUCCAACCUCUUUUCCCUCAAGGGUCAUGUCUGUCUAGUGACGGGCGGUGGAACUGGCAUAGGUCUCAUGGCUACUCAAGCACUCGCAGCAAAUGGAGCAAGGGUGUACAUCACGGGACGACGCAAAGAAGUUCUCGAAAACGCCGCAAAGACACAUACGCCUGCGAGGUCGUCGGACAAAUCUCUGAACGGUGAGAUCAUCCCCAUGGGCCCGUGCGAUGUGACGUCCAAGUCGGACCUCGAGAAGCUCACACGGGAAAUCGAGUCUCGUGAAAAGUAUCUCUCGCUCGUCGUCGCGGCCGCGGGGGUGUCGGGGCCAAAAGGGUUCCCGGACACCAGCGACGCAGACCAGAUGCGGGAGAACCUGUGGAAGGAGAACGUCGAUGAGUGGAACGCCACGUACAACACCAACGUCACGGCCGUGUUCUUCUCGGUCGUCUCGUUCCUCCCGCUGCUGCAGCGCGCCCCGGAGGGGCUAUCGAGCAGCGUCAUCGUCAUCAGCAGCAUGUCGGGCAUGAUGAGACACAGCCAGGAUCACUUUUCAUACAAUUCUGCAAAGGCUGCUACUGCUCAUUUAUCGAGGAUGAUGAGCAAGGAGUUUGCAAAGACUGGUGUGAGAGUGAACAGCAUCGCGCCCGGAUACUUCCCGAGCGAGAUGACGAUGAAGGGAAGCGACGAGAAUAACAAGGUCCACAUGCCACCUGAAAAGGUCAAGGACAAGGGACACGAAGUGCCUGCUGGCCGCGCGGGUACCGAUGAGGAGAUGGCCAUGGGUGUCAUCUUCCUUGCGCGCUGUGGAUAUGUCAAUGGUGAGGUGUUGAAAUUGGAUGGCGGCGUCAUGAAUGAAGUUGGUGGUGGGUAA